UGUGUUUUUAAAUGGGAGGGAACACAGGGGAAGAUAAGCAUUUCAGCACCAGAGCAGUGAGAGUCUGAGUCCUCCCACAACACAGGUGCAUAUCAGAGGAUAGAGAGAGGAGAAAACAGGCACUUCAGCUGGAAGACUUAACAAGGAGCCACUUUGGACAGAAAGCCCAUUCUCAGACAGAAAUAUCCCCAAUAAGAAGAAGUGAAACGAGAAAUAAAGAUGAACCCAUUCCUCAUCCUCGCCAUCCUUGCAGCAGUCAGUGUGGACAUGGCUUUUUCGCAAAGGCAGUCAAACAAAAACUUGGAUACUUAUGGAGAGUUUUGUAAGUCUGGGGAUGGGAGCAGUUACAGGGGAUAUGUUUCCAAGUCGGUAUACGGCAGCAACUGUCUCAACUGGAAGAGGUUUUAUAACCCUUGGGGACCUUCGAAGGGGAUUGGUCUUCAUACUUACUGCAGGAAUCCUGACCAGAGCUUGAUGCCGUGGUGCCAUGUCAAAAGAGGGAGGAGGUUUGUGAGAGAAUUCUGCAAUAUUCCCCCAUGUCCUACACCAACAACAAAACCUCCACCAGCUGUCGAUACAGAGCUGACAUGCGGUGAGAGGUCAGAGCGGAGGAUGCAUAAAAUUGUGGGUGGUUCUUUCACACCGAUAGAAUCACACCCAUGGGUGGCCGCUCUCUUCCAUAAGCGCCAAGGAUUCCUCUGUGGUGGCUCUCUCAUUUCACCUUGCUGGGUUGUCACAGCCGCACACUGCUUCGUUGAUGGUGAGGUGACCAAAACCAAGUAUAUAUCUGUAUACCUGGGGAAGACUGCCAUCAAUGAAACAGAUGCUGAUAGGGAGCAGAGCUUCACUGUGGAAAAACUGAUCAUCCACCAAAAAUAUAAUUCAUCAACCUUUGAUAAUGACAUAGCACUGUUGAAGAUCAGAAGCAGAGAUGGAGGGUGUGCCGUGAAGUCGGCGUCCUCACGGACAGUGUGUCUUCCUCCAUUACGCACCCAGCUUCCUGCCGGAUUUCCAUGCAGCAUCGCAGGAUUUGGGAAGGAGGGAAAUGGGGCCUGGCAUUACUCACAGUACUUAAAACAGGGCGAGGUGAGACUGCUCUCCCAGACCCAGUGUAAAACUGAAGCAUACUAUGGAGAUCGCAUCACCAAGAAUAUGUUCUGUGCUGGGAGCCCUGACUGGAGCACUGAUGCCUGCAAGGGUGACUCUGGUGGUCCGCUGGUGUGUGAAGUGUCAGGCCGGAUGUUUCUGUUCGGGGUGGUGAGCUGGGGUGACGGCUGUGCCAAGAAAGACAAACCAGGCGUUUACACACAAGUCACCAAUUACAACAAGUGGAUCGCAGUGAAGACAGAGCUCCAAGAAUACACGGAAGGAAAAAUGUAUCCCCAAAAAUGAAGCUGAGGCAAAGAGGUACUUGUUGGGCAUUACAUGUUUUUUAAAGGAAAAAUGGCAGCAAUUUUGUAGAAUUGUGUGUAUGAAAGCAUGUGAAGAUGUUGCAGCUGAUAAGCAUUGUUAUUAAUGUGCACUGAAAAUAGUUUUGCACAGUGAAAUAUUACUGUGCCAGUUCAAAGUGAAAGUUUUUUUAAAAGUAUGUCUUGUUAAUAUUUUUUAUUACUUGAACAUGAACUUUUCAUGCUAAGAGCAUGGACUUUAAAACAAGCUAUAAGAAAGUUUAUUUAUCUAAUUUAAUUUUAUAAGGAUUUCCUAUUGCACAAGGCUGGCCCUGCUGUUAAGCAAUUGUUUUUGAUGAUAAAUAAAGUAUUUGUGUUACAUA